CUCUCUCUCUCUCUCUCUAUCUCUCUGUUCUAAUCAGUCUCUUUCGCUGUUAAAAUAUUAUUUGUCCUCCUGAGCUUUUUUUUUCCUGCAAUUCCAAAUUGAGUAAGCGUUUUUUGUAUCUCCCGAUCUGAAUUCCGAUGAUCAAAAUUUACGGCAGUGUUUAAAUUCAAUCUGUGAGAGAGAGAUUUGCGAUCUUCCCCAAAUCGAAGAUUAUUAGGGUUUUUAAAUUUCGGAAUCUCAUCUCCCUUAAUUCGAUUCGAAUUUUAUCAGAAUUACAGUUCUCUCUUUGUUCAUAUCUGGAUUUUUUUUUUUUUUUUUAAUUUCAGCUCUGGAUUUGCGUUUUUUUUUGUAUAAGCAUUUAUGCAAAGCAGUGUGCAUCGUGAUAAAGCAAGCUCGAUCGCGAUGAUCUUGGAAACUCAGAGGAAUGUUGAAUUCCCUCAUAGGAUCGCUGAUAAGCGUCCCAGGAAACGGCCUCGAUUGGCUUGGGAUGUUGCUCCUCUUCUUCCUCCUCCUCCUCCUCCUCCCCUCUCGGUAUUUCAACCACCGUUGUACUAUGCUCCAGAGUUUGCGAGUGGAGUAGUUCCCAAUUUGGUUUAUCCAAACAUGUUCUAUAAUGGUCUUCCUCGUCAGGGCUCUCCUCCCUGGAGACCAGAUGAUAAAGACGGCCAUUAUGUCUUUGUUGUUGGAGAUACUUUGACUCCACGAUAUCAAAUUCUCAGCAAAAUGGGUGAAGGUACAUUUGGACAAGUACUGGAAUGUUUUGAUAAUAAAAACAAAGAAGUCGUAGCAAUCAAAGUUAUACGUUCCAUAAACAAGUAUCGUGAAGCUGCCAUGAUAGAAAUUGACGUGUUGCAAAGGCUUACAAGGCAUGAUGUUGGUGGUUCUCGUUGUGUGCAAAUUCGGAAUUGGUUUGACUAUCGUAAUCAUAUUUGUAUUGUAUUUGAGAAGCUUGGACCAAGCUUAUAUGAUUUUCUCCGCAAAAACAGCUACCGUUCAUUUCCCAUUGACCUUGUUCGGGAGCUUGGCAGACAACUUUUGGAGUCUGUAGCAUACAUGCACGACCUACGGCUGAUUCACACGGAUUUGAAGCCGGAGAACAUUCUUCUUGUGUCGUCUGAGUAUAUCAAAAUACCUGAUUAUAAGUUUCUAUCACGACCCACCAAAGAUGGGUCGUACUUCAAAAACCUGCCCAAGUCAAGUGCCAUCAAGCUCAUUGAUUUCGGAAGUACAACGUUUGAUCAUCAAGACCAUAACUACAUUGUAUCCACAAGGCAUUACCGCGCGCCAGAAGUUAUCUUAGGGGUUGGAUGGAACUAUCCAUGUGAUCUGUGGAGUAUUGGUUGCAUACUUGUUGAACUUUGUUCGGGAGAAGCACUUUUCCAAACGCAUGAAAACUUGGAGCAUUUGGCCAUGAUGGAAAGGGUCUUAGGACCAUUACCGACUCAUAUGGUGCUCAGAGCUGACCGGCGCUCUGAGAAAUACUUCAGGCGAGGUGCAAAGUUAGAUUGGCCUGAAGGUGCGACAUCAAGAGACAGCUUAAAAGCAGUAUGGAAGCUUCCCCGGUUACCGAAUCUGAUAAUGCAGCAUGUGGAUCACUCAGCUGGUGAUUUGAUAGAUCUAAUACAAGGGCUGCUUCGAUAUGAUCCAUCAGAGAGGUUCAAGGCAAGAGAAGCACUGAACCACCCCUUCUUCACAAGAAUCCGGGAACAAAGUAUACCCUUUAACCCAAACCCCCACCCAUUUUUAUAUAAUCACAAGAACUGAGAAAGAAGAAGAAACAGCAGAUUGAUGUUUGGAUAAAUCUGCAGUUUCUGUGUAUCCUUCACUUUCCUGGGUUUUUGUAGCCUUUUUAUCAUAUAUUUUCAUGUAUAGAAAAUGAAAGAAAGGGAGAAAGGCUUGUGCCUUGUUUUUCCU